AGGUGUCCAAAACCCCCAAGUUUCUGUGUCCCAUGGGAUUCUGGGGCUGGCAGCAUGCCCCUUUGGGACUGCUUGGCCCAUGUGGCAAAUCUAGCCCACAUGCCAGAGUGACAGUGUCAGCAUGAGCAGGGUACUCGUGCAUGGCACUGUGCCCAACUGCUUUCCUUUCCCCGCAGGGUGCUGGCCCAGCAGGAUGGUGUUGGCGCUGGUGCUGUGGGCCUGCCUGGUGCUGGGCACAGCAGACGGGGAGAGCCCGGCAGCGGAGCCUGUGGCAGGUGGUCAGCCUUUUGUGGUGGUGUGGAACGUCCCCACCAGUCGCUGCCAGCACCACUUUGGUGUGGAGCUGCCCCUUGGCAACUACGGCAUUGUGGAGAACCAAGAUGGCCACUUUGCUGGCCAAAACAUGACCAUCUUCUACAAGGACAAGUUUGGGCUGUACCCCUACCUGUCGCAGCAGGGCAUACCCCACAAUGGGGGCAUCCCCCAGCGGGUCCCCCUCAGCGCCCACCUCGCCAGGGUGGCGGGGGACAUCCAUGACCUCUUGCACCCCAAUUUCCAUGGCCUGGCCGUGGUGGACUGGGAGGAGUGGAGGCCCCUCUGGGCCCAAAACUGGGGGAACAAGCGGAUCUACCAGGCAGCCUCAGAGCAGUGGGUGCGGGACCAGCAUGGCCUCCUGCCACGGCAAUGGCAGCUGCGGCUGGCGCGGCGGCAGUUUGAGCAGGCAGCACAGGCUCUGAUGGAGGAGACGCUCCUGCUGGGCCGGACCCUGCGCCCGGGGGGACUCUGGGGUUUCUACCACUUCCCUGACUGCCUCAACAGCAACUGGGCCAAGGUGGCCAACUACACCGGGCAGUGCCGUGCAGCAGACGUGCAGCGCAAUGACCGGCUGCGCUGGCUCUGGGCCGCCUCAGCCGCUCUGUACCCCAGCAUCUACCUGCCCCCGGCACUGCCGCCUGCCUUGCGCCAGCGCUACGUGCACCACCGGCUGCGCGAGGCUCUGCGUGUGGCUGCCUUCAGCACCAGCGGCCUCCUGCCCGUGGUCGCCUACUCUCGCCUGUCCUUCCGCCACUCACCGCGGUUCCUGGAGCCAGUAAGCACCAAAGGGCUGGGGCCGGCGGCGGGUGUGCCAGGGGUCCUUCUCAGCACUAGGGGACAGCCUGUGCCCCCCAGCCCAGUCUCAUCCCUCUGUCCUUUGCAGGCUGACCUGGUGCACACCAUCGGGGAGAGCGCAGCGCUGGGGGUGGCUGGACUCGUGCUCUGGGGAGACAUGUCGUAUUCCCGCUCAGCUGGGAGCUGUGCCAGCCUGCGCCACUACAUCGUGUCCACCCUGGGUCCCUACGUGGCCAGUGUGACAGCAGCAGCCUGGGAAUGCAGCUACAGGCAGUGCCAUGGGCAUGGGCGCUGUGUGCGCCGGCAGCCCCAUGACCUGGGCAGCUUCCUGCUCCUUGGCCCUGGUGCCAGCCCACUGGCCUCCUUCCGCUGCCACUGCUACCGUGGAUGGGCUGGCAAGGGCUGUAACCGACGUGUCCAGCCCAGCCCUGCCACCCCCUGCCUGGCGCUCACUCAUGUUCAUGUCCUUUACAGGCACAAUGACCUCCCACCCUCCGACACCUGCCUGCUGCCCAGCACAUGAGGCUGGUGACAAGGUAGGCAGCAGUGCUGCU